AUUACGGCAUUGACCGUGCUUGACAAAAGCUAUAUCCACAAAUUUGUAACGUUGCCAUUGUUGCUUUCCUUGGACGACUUCUUGAGUUCUGAGAGAAACCAUGGCACUGGAUUAUAUUUCCAUCAAUGAUGCUUCUCUUGUCAGUGGCGUCCUCAAGACAUCCUUUCUAGCCCUUCUUUGCUAUUUUAUCUAUCAGUUCUUCAACAAUGGCAAACGGUAUAAUUACCCGCCAGGUCCAACAGGUUUGCCUCUUCUUGGCAGUGUUUUGAGUCUGAUUUUUACUAAGAAAUAUCAACAUGAGGUGGUGGCUCAGUGGACGAAGAAGUAUGGUAACUUCAUUAGCAUCAAGCUCUUCAACACUCGUCUGGUAAUACUGAGCGAUGAGCAACUUAUUCAAGAAGUGUUUGGUGGUCAUCACGCUGUCGAUAGACCGGCAAUGCCUGUCGUCAAAGAAACCACUGGAAGGAAGUUUGCUGGUAUGAGAAUAUCAUCGAAGACCAGGCGAUUCGCGUGUUGUCAGAGAUUGAAAAGAGCAAUGGGCAAAUGUUCGAACCCUAAUCAAUGGCUAUAUGCCUCCAUUGGAAACAUCAUCCUCAAGAUCGCAACCGGAGUUUCCUAUGAGUACGACGAUGAUAAAUUGCGUCGUAUUUUGGUUCGCUCUAAGCGAAUUUUUGAUGCGCUUGGCCCAGGCGGCCUCAUCAACGUAGUGCCGAUCCUUGCGGCUAUCCCGUCUCGGUCGAAGCAACUUCUCACAGAAGGGUGGAGUGGGCUCUUUGACCAUAUGAGGGAGAGUGUCGCAAGCCACAGGUCUGCAACUGUGUCACAAGGAGAUGACUUCAUUAAGAAGUAUCUAGAGAUGUCUGGAAAGGUCGGAGAGGUGGAGGGUAAGGGAAGUUUUGAUGAAACCAACCUUCUUGAAUCUUCCCUCGAAAUGCUGAUUGGUGGGCUAGAAACAUCGGCCACAUCUCUUGAAUGGAUUCUCCACACACUGGCAUCGCAUCCUGAAGCGCAACGUCGAAUUCGUCAAGAAAUGGCCGAAGUAAUCGGCAAGGACCGCUUUCCACAGUACUCCGACCACAACAGAAUGCCCCAAACCAUGGCGAUCAUUGCUGAAUGCAUGCGUUUCCGACCAGUUGCACCUUUCCCUCUCUCUCACGUCGCUGUAGAGGAUUUCAAGAUCGGCGAGUACGACAUCCCAAACGGCACACAGAUCACGUUUAGCGUCUGGGAUUUGGCAAGAAGUCCGAUGCUCUGGGAAAAGCCGGAAGAGUUUAGACUGGACAGGUUCUUGACUAAAGAUGGGAAGUUCAAUAAGAAGCGAGAGCCAUCUCAUUUUGGAGUGGGUCGAAGAAUUUGUCCAGGCGAGGUGUUGGCCAGGGCCGAGAUCUUCUUGUUCACCACUUACAUCGUGAGGCGCUUUAAACUCCGUCUGGCUGAAGGAACUCCAGAAAAUCCAAAGUGCCUUGUGGGCCUUACUGUCCGACCAGAACCAUACCACAUUCAUGCUGAGAAGAUCGAGUAAUCUAACCGUCUAUCCGUUUUUCUAAGGGCGGCAGUUUAGAGGAACGGGGGACAUGUAUUUGAAAGCCCCCCCCCCCCCUCUUACCGCCGCCACCACGAAUGCCCCUCCCUUACCUCCACUCGUCCCCAUAAUUCACGAGAUCUCAUGUCGAAUCGUCAUAAUUAAGUAAAUACUUUCGCGUACAGAUAUUCUACGAUGUGUCUGUGUCCCACAUUUUCAUUUUAUGCUAUUUUUACAGAAUGGUGAAAAAAAUCAUAGAAUUUCGGAUCCAGCCGACAUUCUUUUAUUCUUGUUAUUCUUUCAUGUUGCCAAAAAGAAGACAAAUUGAAAUCCAAAUUACGUUCAGUAAGAAGAUGGCCAUUCACAACCAGAAAACUAUUCAAAUCAUAAUAAAAUGUUUCGGGUAGCUGAACAUUCAAUUGGCUAUACUUGUAAAACAAUUUGUACUGUUUUACAUUGCCAGUACCAUUUGACAGGGGCAGCAAAGUUUGCCACCUCCGCCAUAAAUCGAAAGGUGCUCAGAUAUUUGUCCAUAACCUUAUUAUUCUCGGAUGUACAUAAAAAUAUCAAAAAGCCCUUGUUUUAUUACAAAUAUCAAGUUUUUUUUAAUCAUGUUUAUAUUUUCGUAAUCCUUAUGAGUUUUAUGCCAAAAAUUGGUGUACUGUAUUGUAAAAGUUUCACCUUAUCAAGUCUGCAGCAUUUUAUUUGGAAUGAUUCUGAAACAUCAAAACUGGAACCUUUAAACAUAAUUAAUGUCAUUAAAAAUAUUGUGAAUCUGCAUAUACACUCUCCGUUAGUCCGUUGAGAGAUCAAUCCUAGAGUUACACUUUAUGUUAUCUUCUCGUAACCCUCAACAUGCUCAAUGUAUAUGGUAUCUAAAAAACAAAUAACGUCAGUAUUCUAUGGUACAUUUCGUAUUAUUAUUCCUAAAAAUAUAUAUAUCCAAAUGUUUUUCGAAACGAAUUCGUUGCGAGGAAAUUAAUAGUUUAACUAUACAAUAACCAUUAUAACAUCAUAGAACUACGAUGUGUUUAAGAUCGCAUGCUCAAUCUGUAAUGAGGAUCAUAAGUCAGAAAAAAUUGGAACCAGUGGGAUUCGAACCUGCCAUCUACUGCUUUCCGGGCGGCGACUUAACCACCAGGCUAUUCUGGUUCACGGCUAAAUCACGAUGAACUGGAAUUCAAAUACCCUCAAUCCUCUUCUUUCUGACUGAUUAAUAUGCAAAUGCAGUCCGCCGUGGACAAUAGAUAGUAAAUAAAGAGGCUUUAAUACAGGAAAAUAUAAUUUGUUAAAAAAAAUCGACAUUACUCUUAUGUGUUUAAGAUCGCAUGCUCGAUCUGUAAUGAAAAUCAUAAGUCAGAAAAAAUUGGAACCAGUGGGAUUCGAACCUGCCAUCUACUGCUUUCCUCCUAUUAGAGCCUCUUUAUUUACUAUCAUAGAACUAAGUUAAAAGAUUUAUAACCUUGAUAAAAGUAUAUGCAAAGUAGUUUCGCUUACUUUCCCUCGUAAUGGUAAAUGGUGCCCAUUUUGGUAUUGUGAUGGAGUUGUUGUACUUUGUAUAAAUAUGAUUUUUUUUUCUUCUUGUAUAAUCAAUUUCGUCUAGUUAAUCAAUAGUCAAUACAGUGUCUGUAUAUCUUCUGUCUAUAUUAUCUUCUUAUUAUUAAAUUUCUGUAAAGAUCUCUUUGGUUUU